AUGGAUUCGAUCAUGUCGGGUCUGUACACGUUCGUCACCGACACCGUCGUGCCCACCGUAACCGAGGGCGCGUCUAAUCUCGCGGUGCUCGCCGAGGGAGCCGCCAACGUGAUGAACCACGCGUUGGAGUGGAGCUCCGGCUCCGAAGAUGCCACCGCUUCUGCCGACGUCUUUUCGUGGGAAGAACGGCCGACAGUGACGGAGCAAAAAGCGGCGGAGCCUGUGGUGGUGAGCUCAGAGCCGGGACCGGCUCCCGCUGGCUCUGUCGACUGGGAAAUGGUCAAGGAGGAUCCGGAGGAGACGGGGCCCGUCAAGCACAACGAGUUCGAGAUGGUCGAGAAGGACUACGAGUGGAUGAAGAAUUCCAAAUAA